CCCAACUAACCAAGUAACCAUUAUUUCUUCCUUUAAAUGCAAUUCCAAUAAAAUCCUAACAAGUUCAUCUCGGGACUUCUCUUUUUCCAUUUCUCGCACUUUCUUCUGUUGUCUCGAGAAAAUUCUAUCACCGGGAAUAACUUCAGUUGCUUCGUUUCUUGAUCUUCUGCGCUAUCGGAACCUCGUUUCCGCUUUCCGAGUUGUGGUUUCUGUGCGAGCGAGUUUGGCCAAGUGAACCCUCGUUUGUUAAACCCUAUGGAGAAGAACGAGGUGUGCACAUCGGAGUCCGUCGAUGGAAGCCGCGACGUGUGGAGCUCCAGAUCUUCGGAUUCUUCCUCCGCUGAUCAUCUCGUUGUCAUGGUCAAUGGAAUUCUCGGAAGUGCAACGGAUUGGAAGUUCGCUGCAGAGCAGUUUGUUCAAGAGCUUCCUGAGGAAGUGUUUGUUCAUUGUAGCGAAAGAAAUGUGUCUAAGCUGACACUAGAUGGUGUAGAUGUAAUGGGAGAGCGAUUGGCAGAGGAGGUCCGUGAAGUGGUUAGAAGAAAGCCAAAUAUGCGUAAGAUAUCCUUCGUCGCACAUUCAGUGGGAGGACUAGUGGCAAGAUAUGCAAUUGGAAAGUUAUAUAGGCCACCUGAAAGAGAAGAUAAUGGUGAUAAACAAAGAAAGGAGGACUCAGCCGGUAAAUUGUGUGGUUUGGAGGCUAUCAAUUUCAUUACAGUUGCUACACCUCAUCUGGGAUCAAGAGGCAAUAAGCAGGUUCCAUUUCUUUUUGGCGUAAUUGCCUUUGAGAAACUUGCAAGUUGUGUUAUUCAUUGGAUUUUUAGGAGGACAGGUCAGCAUCUUUUCCUAGUAGAUGAUGAUGGAGGAAAACCUCCAUUGCUUAAACGCAUGGUUGAAGAUUGUGAUGGAUGUUAUUUCAUGUCUGCAUUGCGUGCUUUCAAACGCCGGGUUGUUUAUUCAAAUGUGGGCUAUGAUCAUAUUGUUGGCUGGAGAACAUCAUCCAUUAGACGUGAUAGUGAACUCCCAAAGUGGGAGGAAUCACUGAAUGAAAAAUAUCCACAUGUUGUGUAUGAAGAGCACUGCAAAGCUUUAGAUGCUAACCAGUAUGAGUCGGCAGAAGAUAAUGGCUCUGACAAGAUAGAAGAGGAGCUUGUAACAGGCUUAUCCCGUGUGUCUUGGGAAAAAGUAGAUGUUAGCUUCCACAGUAGCAGACAGAGGUUUGCUGCGCAUAGUGUUAUACAGGUCAAAGACCGAAGCUCACACAUAGAAGGCGCAGAUGUCAUACAGCACAUGAUUGAUCAUUUUCUUACAUAAAGCCAUUUGUCCGUAGAGUUCUGUGUUUCCCACUUAGCCUUAUACAUUUUGCACAGGGUGGAAGCAUUGGUCCUGACGUCCCUGUAAGUUCUUUAUUUGUUUUAGGUGAAGCAGCAGUUAAAGUUUUGGCUAUGUAUAAUUCUUGACUAUGUAUAAAAUAUGUAUGUAUAUGUAAAGUAGAUGGCAUAUUUAUAUCCCACAAAGCA